CAGACCUUCUCAUUCUCGUACCGUAGUCCGUCUCGUGAGCUUCGAGGCGACGUUACGUGUUGUGUACCGCGUUACUUGGCUUGUUGUUUCCGUGUCCGUGUUUCCUCGGUGUGCCACAGUGUUCAUAUAUCCCUCGUCUUGCGCAUAUCGGUGUUACUUUUCGAAAUAUUUCUGUCGGAUAUCGUGUACUGUCGCGGAGACAGAUCGCGGCGACACGUCGCGUACGUAUCGGCAAUAACGUGAUGGAACGAUGCACGGGUUUCUGCAACGAGAUGACGUUUGAUCCGCUCGAGGCUGUUGUUCAAGCCGGAAACGUUCUUCUCAUUGGCAGCACAGGCUGGAUCAAACGAUAGAGUUACUCGCGCGAACAGUGAACAAUCCGGCUAUCGUGGAACGACAACGUGACACGCUCGUUACAUAUAUACAUAUGUAUAUGUAUAUAUAGAGCUCCUCUCGCUCGGUGAUUGUGUUCGCUUGUUGGUCAUCAGUGUCGUGUGAUAAUUUUCGUGAAGCUGUGAUUCGCGUAGCGGGAACCGAGAAACAGUGUCGUGGCGACGAAGCGUUUAUGCAAAUCAAGCACGAAUCGUUCAGCAACAGUCGACAAGAGUAUCGAAAACAUACCUUCGAUCUAUCCUUCGAUAUUGGAAUCUCGUGGAUCGCGUGCUUCGUGCAACCAUACCCCGCUUCCUCGUGUGUGUAUGUGUUGUAUAGUGCAGACACCGCGGAGCUAGCAUCGUGAGCAUCUGAAGAACUCGCUGCGUACCUAGAGAAACAGCUGCCUCCGUCUUCUACCCCCGAAUUUGUUCAACGAAUCGACGUAAUAUUAGAAAGCAAGAGCAUCGGUUGUCGAGGUUUCGAGAAUCGCGCAAGAAAACUUUCUACAAAAGUAUAAAUGAAAUCCCAUAUCGCGACGUAUCGGUGUUUUCGCGAUCCCCCAUCCGCCUCGAGCGGUGUCACGCGCGGUAAGAAAUGGAGCUAAGAAAUUAAGCGAUCAAUCGCAACGCGUUACAGUCAGUGGCAAAAAUGCCGAAGGAGGAUUCGUAGGUUUGAGUCGGUGCUCGCCUUGCUGUUGCUGCUAUUCUAACCAGGAGGUUAAUUAAAGUCGAUGACCGGGUCUAAUGGGAAAACCGCAAGCUUGCGUCAAGGUGGCGCGCAGUUAGCGCUUGAACAGGCCUAAAUGAAGAGCGAUCGUCACGGGAACAGGUGAUCGAUAGCGAUUGCGAGGAGCCGCGUGCGACUGUGUGUGUCUGUGCGCGCGCGCGUGGUCGCACAGGGUAAUCGUGGCGGUGACGCGCGGGGGUAGGGACGGAGAGGAGCAAGAUGGAACUCUUCCUGAUUCUCGUCUGUCUGAUUGCGCCGCCCACCCUCUCGCUCUCGAUCAAGAGCAAGCUCAAUCCACGGAUCGUUCAGACACGGUACGGCGAGGUGCAGGGGGUCAUACGCUCCUUCGAGAACGCCAAGUUCCUCAAGCCAAUCGACGUCUAUCUCGGAAUACCAUACGCCACCCCUCCGAUCGGGGGUAACAGAUUUUCACCGACUAAGGCGCCUAGCCCGUGGGAAGGAGUCAGAUUAUCGGACUCGGUCAGUCCUGUCUGUCCUCAAAAGCUGCCCGACAUUUCAAAUGAGCAAGAAGCGUUGGAGCGUAUGCCAAAAGGACGGCUGGAAUACUUGAAGAGGUUGCUACCUCAUCUACGGAAUCAAAGCGAGGAUUGUCUCUAUUUGAACAUUUACGCACCGGCUGUGGGCAUGGCAGACAAUAGUAGAAAGCAUCCGGUAGUGCUGUAUAUCCACGGGGAGAGCUACGACUGGGGCAGCGGAAAUCCGUACGAUGGCAGUGUACUAGCCAGCUACACGGACCAAGUGAUCGUAACGAUGAACUACCGGUUGGGCGUGCUUGGUUUUCUCAACGCCAACAUGGCGCCUCAGACCAAGGCGAGGGUCGCGAAUUAUGGGCUGAUGGAUCAGAUCGCGGCGCUUCAGUGGGUCAAAGAGCACAUUGCUCUGUUUGGCGGCGAUCCCAACAACGUGACGCUGAUGGGUCAAGGGACUGGGGCCUCCUGUGUUCAUUUUCUCGCCAUCAGCCCGACGGUCAUUCGUGGUUUAUUCAAGAGAGCUAUCCUCUUAUCAGGCAGCGCUCUGUCGUCGUGGGCAGUUGUCGACGAUCCUGUUUCUUACGCUUUGAGACUUGCCAGAGCAGUUAAUUGCUCGAUCCCCGAGGAUCUGCUCAAAGACAACGAACUAAUUGUUGACUGUCUCCGAGACCGAAGCCUGGAAGAGCUGAUGCUGGUUGAUAUUCAACCACCGACAUUUUUAAGUGCAUUUGGACCCAGCGUGGAUGGUGUAGUCAUCAAGGCAGACUUUCAAAAAGAUUUGCUGUCCUACAUGGGUCCGGAGUUCCAAGGAUUCGGGCCACUGCCGAAGAAAGCUGAACACGGUGCUCCGAUCACGAGUAAUAACAAAUACGAUUUGUUAUUUGGCGUAACUACCAGCGAAGCACUAUGGAAAUUCGCGGAAAAGGACGUACAACUAGGGUUCGAGGGUGAACGGAGAGACAGGAUCAUUAGGACAUACGUGAGGAACGCGUACGUGUAUCAUCUCACGGAAAUAUUUUACACGGUGGUGAAUGAAUACACCGAUUGGGAACGUACGGUGCAGCAUCCAGUGAAUACGAAGGACGCCUGUGUCCAAGCACUAAGCGACGCUCAAUUCGUGGCGCCGUUAGUGCAAACUGGCGACCUAUUUACUCUAAGACACACGAAGAAACCGAAUAAUCCUCAUAUCGCACCGAUUCCGGAAAGCGAGAAGGAACCGUUGCCUAAAACGUACUUCUACGUGUUCGAUUAUCAGAUGAAGGAUGGAGACUAUCCUCAGAAGAUGGGCUCUGUCCAUGGCGAGGAAUUACCAUUCGUCUUCGGAGCACCGUUGGUGGACGGUUUCGGUCACUUCCCCAGAAACUACACCAGGUCUGAAGUAGCACUCUCCGAGAGUAUCCUACAGUACUUCGCCAACUUUGUCAGAACUGGGAACCCGAACGUGAUCGAUCACCACAGUCGAAACGAUACGCUUCUGCUCGCCAGCCGGGAGAAAAGCCGUUUUCGUAGCUUGACGUGGGAUCAAUACGAUCCAGUGCACCAGAAAUACUUGGAGAUCGGUAUGAGGCCAAAGAUGAAGAAUCAUUACAGAGCUCAUCAGCUGUCUGUUUGGCUUCGCCUCGUUCCGGAACUCCAUCGAGCUGGAAUGGAAGAUGUGGAUUCCAGGCACAAUCUAUUUCGUGGACACUCGGACCCUAGCUUGUACGAUGGCUCUGUGAGACCGGAUCCUCUGAGCAGGAUCAGCGAAGAAUUCAGAAGGAAGAACAUCACCACCGAACCACCAACCACCACAGACUACAAUGCUGCCACGUGUGUUAGCUACAUUCAGAGUACGAAUUUGCAGAAUGUUCAUAACGCCAGUACAGACACUCUGGCCAGCCUGGAUGCAGCUGGGUACACUGCAUACUCUACAGCAUUGAGCGUGACAAUCGCGAUCGGAUGCAGUUUACUGAUUUUGAACGUGAUGAUUUUUGCGGGAGUUUACUAUCAAAGAGACAAAACAAAACUCGAGGUAAAAAGCCUUCAGCAGGAACAAAUGUUAAAUCAACAGUGCGGACCACGAGGUUUCUCCGAGCUCAAACAACCGCCUCCGCCGCAUUCUCAUUUCCCCGGAAGCACUCAAGUUAUCGUCGAUGUCGAGAACGAAAUGCUGAGAAGGAACGUUAUGAAAGGCCCUCCGAACGAUCCCAACACGCUUCUCCAACAGGGCCAGGGAACUCACACGUUGCCUCAUCAACACCAUUAUCAAAAGCAACAUCAGCAACAGCAUGCCACUCUUCCCCGAGCUUCCGUCAUACAGGACAUGAAUGCACAAACCCAAGGUCCACCAAACGGAUCCAUACAUCUGACAGUACCAAGAGCCCCACCACCCCCCCGAGCAAAGAGUCCUCCCGAGAACCAGCCCCUGUUGCAGAAUGCCACCGUAUCGAGUCGUGUGUCCCAAGCUACGAUGAGUGAGAUGAGAGUGUGAUGUUUGGACCCCCCUCCGAAACCAGUCGUGCCGGACGUUCUCACGGCAUCGACGUUGCUCUAAAUAACAUCAAAAAUACAGCGUCUCGUCAAUGCCAGUCAAGUUCUAUCCUAUGAAUUCAAAAUACUCGAAACAACACUCUGAGGAAAAGUUCUUUUAGGAAUAUUCCAUCGAAAUUCCAGCGAACAACGCUCGACUGGUACCUGGCCUGAAAACUUGUACCGUUUUCCAUUUCCAUCGUCCAGUUGACGACGACGCGCUACAAAAACCAACGGAGGGGGGCAGUAAAUGCAGCUUUUUCUUGAAAUUAAAGGAACAUUCGAAGAAUAUAGGGAAGAGAAGAAUCCGGUAUUCGUCGACGAAGAAGAGUUAAAGGUACUCGUGAAAUUUGAAGAAAGAAAAUGCAGCUUCAUGGGAAUUUUCGAGGAACUAAUUCAAACGAUGAAAUUGUGACAAGAUUAAGAGACUGAAGUUUAUCGAAAGUUUUAUAAGGACAUUUAUAUAGGAACUGCAAGAUAAGGUGCGAAUAGGGGAAAUUCAAAACUGAAUUUUAUCGAGUAGAUUUCUCUUUAAAUUCCUUUAAACGAACGAAAUGAAAAGAAAAAUCUUGAAUCGUGUGUUUCGACGGAUACCAGAACCUUAUCGUGAUUGAGAAUGAUAGAUAAAUCAUGAGUAUAAUGGAAAUUUCCGAUACCCAAAGAUCAUGAAAAUAAGAUUGACGACUUUCUUUUUAUGAUUGAUCGUACUUCAAUCAAAGAAGAAGGAAUCGUUCCAUAAUGAAAUCAAAUGAGUACAUUCAGCUAGCUAGUCAGUAAUAAUGAAUUCUACGUAUUACGAGAGGAGAGAGACGCUCAAAGCAGAAAUCGAUCAUGGAGGCUCGUGUAUAAAACGCUAUCCACUACGAUGUUAGAUGUUCCUUGUAUAUAUUUAAUGAAAUAAAAAGACAAAAAAGUGAAUUUAUACCAUAAGUGAAAGCCAAACAUGUUUACUACUUUCUAAGAAGACAUGUACUCGUGUCCCGUACAGUUUGAUCGUCCGUUUCAAUCGUUUUCCCAUUCUUUUCCCCAUUUUAUUCUUCCUACAAUUGACUGUAAACGUUACAAAAUGUAAGUGUGCGAGAUCAUUAGCGCUCAAAUCAUCAUUGUAAAAAAUGCGUUCGACGACGAAUCGACUCGAUUUUGCUUUUGAUUGAUCAAAGAAUUUCUAAAUACGAUAUUAAUGUAAAGUAUGGAAAUACUACAAAUUAAUCGAACGUUAAAUUAAUUCGAAUUUCUGUCUUUGAUUUAAGAUAACAGAUACCUUAUUGACACAUACGACACAAUGGGCCGUCCAUCUUUUGCUAUUAUAAUCUCUGAGAUAUUUCAUUUCAAUAUUAAUAUCAUCGAUUAAAAUUAUAUGAAUUUUAAGUAUCAUAAUUUAUAUACCAUAGUACAAGGAGAUUAUCGUUAAGCAUCAAUUUUUAUAAAAUUUCGUAAAGAGAUAUAUGGAAAAGCGGACAGUAUUGAACAACCGAAAUCACCACACUACCAUUAAAUGCUUCAAGUACAAAGUUCUUCAUAACAACGUUUUUAAUUUAAUAUGUAUAUGAAAAUAAUAUUGAAAAAUCAAAAGAGAUCGCCGUUCCUUCGGUUCAAGCACAAAAAUGGAAUUGAAAUAUCUGGAUUGAUAUAACGAAUUCUCUUUCGUCAAUCAAAAGCUUCGAUCGUCAAUGAACAAUAUCGUUCAACCUCGUCCCAUUAAUUAUUGUAAUACAGUAAUUCGAAACGAUUCCAUUUCACGAAAGAAAAACAAACUGACUGAACGACGCUUUCGAAACAUGCCGUUCCGACGAUGAACGUUUGUGAAAUGGAGUGUGGGUAAUUACCAUCUUUUUUACGCUUUUGGUAACAUUGAGAAAUCUUUCAGAGAAAAGAUUUCGUUUCACCUGAAUUACCACGUAUACUAUUGACAAAAAAAAGAAAAGAAAAGAAAAGAUACAGAAAGCGAAGGGAAAUUGAAUGAAAAAUGAUCACGUGAAAAAGGCUCGAUUUACAUCUAUUCAAAUUUUAAUUACCUAGUUACGAUAUAGAGAAAUAUAUUGUUAUUUUCUUAUUUAGAAAGAAGAUUUAAGAAAUGAUUCGUUAUUAGGAUACGGCAAUCUAGCUCUGAAGAAAAUUGAAACAAUUUCUCUCAUUCCAUGGUAAUUCGAUUACAGUUCGAGCUAUGUUCGAAUGUGAUAUUUCAUCCAGCGUCUCAUAAUCAGAGAAGCCAUCGCAUAACAUUUAAUUACAACAUGGCUAAGUCGGUAGAGCAAAUCAAGCUGUACAGUAGAGGUAAUCACAGGUAACUAAAUCGCUAAUGUAAAUCGGGCCGUAUAGUUUACGAAACUACGAAUCGACAUGCGUGUUAAACUAUACGUUAUGAAAGUGGAUGUAAUUAAAGAUCCCUAGAAUGCUAAAUCAUUAAAAGAGAAAAGAAUCACAAAAGAAAUUAGUCGAUUCGUAUUGGAUUCAAAGUGUACGUGAUGUUUUUGUAAAAAUAAAGAAAUACGUAUAGAUGUAACAUAAAAAUUAACAUCACUGUUAUCGUGUAUAACACACUGCCACUGGACACGUAAAUUCACGUAAAAAAAGAAUUUCGUCGGUCGGUUCGAAUAAAAGAGACUGUUACUUCAAUGUGACUUGAUUCUUUGAAGCACCAUUUUACCCUAAUCAUCUAUUUUUCAUUGUUCUAAAUGCUCAAAAUUCAAUAUCAUGCGACGAGUGUAUUAUAUAGACGUUAUUGUAAAAUUAUAAAAAAGAAACUAAAAAACUUUCUUAAGUAAUUUGUUAAUAAAUUUUUGUCGAUCCGUUAUAACCAGCCAAAAAAUAAAUUUUUGAAUAUAAAACUCUAAUCUGUACUAAUAUGUAAGCAACUUUUAUUAUACUUACUGAUUCACCGUUAGAUACAUUUUUCGAUGCCAUAAUUAGUAAAUGUUAUACAGUUUUCAAUAACACCUCACUUUAUGCAACGUAAGAACAUUCAAAGAAUAUGCUUCAAAGAGUUAACCACUGAACAGAAUUUAACACUUUCACUGUUGUCAACCAAUCAAGCUGUCCUUAAUCAAAUCAAAAGCGAAAUUAUAUAUUUAUUUCUAUUACUAUUUAUACGACAAAUGGAAUCAAAAUUUGCGAAACAUUUUUAAAUGUUCAAAUCACGAACAUUACCCAGGCACCCAGUGAACGCGUUAAAGGAAGUUUCUAUGGUUAAGCCACUUAGAAUCUUGUUUUUAUGGAACCACCACAUGAAGGCCGAGCUUAAAGAAAAGAGUACGUGUUAAUAUGAAAAAAAAGAAAAUCAAAGUUUUUUGUACAUACAAUUAAGCAAUUAAAAUAAAAUAAAUCGAAGGAUGUGUACGAUGUUCUUGCCAAGUUGUAUGAUACGAUUGAAAAAUUUAUCGGUCAUUUUCAGCAUCAUCGUGAAUGAAUAGAAACAGGAAAUAGAGGUCAUUAUACCGAAUAAAGUCUUUUUUAAGAUGACUUGCGGAAUUUCGUGAAAAAGUUACGUAAUAAAUAUCAUUAAGUAUGGACAAUCCGAAUAUAAGACUAAAGAAGAAGCGAGUAAUACUAGACUUAAUUAAGAAGAAACCAUGAUCGGUAAUGGAAAGAAUAACAACGGGAAGAGAUAGUGAACUGGUUAAGCAGAUGUUUAAGGAAAUUUAAAUAACAUAUAUUAAAUACACAUAUUAUGGAUUGUAAUGAAUUUAUUAUGGCGAACAUUAUUAUAUUUAUGUGAUUUUUAGCUGGCCUCGCGUUCUAUCGAAAAAUGCCUGAAACAGAUCUUUCGGUCGAAGGCAAGGCUGUCUGUUAUGUUUAACGUUUCUGUUAUCAAAUUGUAAAUAUAUAACAAAAUACAUGGUGAUAUUAAUUGUA